AUGGAAGGUCUUCAGCUGGCUUGGAACUUGGGACUGCUGCGAAUUAUAGUGGAGAUUGAUUCGCAGUGUGCUGUGCAGCUUCUGCGUAAUCAAGAUGCUCCUGACCACCCACAUGCAGCUAUCAUUCAUCGGUUCCAGGAACUGCUUCACCGUGACUGGGAUGUCACCAUUCAUCAUAUAUACCGAGAGGGCAACAAGGGAGCGGACUUCCUUGCAACAAUGUAUCUUGUUCUAUCCCUGAUUUCCAUCAUAUUCUUUUGUAUGACUGUCAAGGUCUUUUUGAGACUCGUUUGGUUGUGA